AUGAUCGAAGCCACCCGUUUAUCACUACUAAACAAACCAUUUUCGAAUGAUAAGGACAUUGCAGAUCUUUGUCGUUGUCCACCAGGUCCACCUGGUCUGCCAGGAACUCCUGGGACAAAUGGAAAGCAAGGUCCACAAGGUUUAGCUGGUCCAAACGGAGCACCCGGAGCCACUGGCGAAAAAGGCCUUCCUGGGAUUCCUGGGAUAACGGGACCUAACGGUCCCCCAGGAAACCCUGGAAAUCCCGGUCCACCAGGUCCAUCAGGCACCCCUGGAAUAAAUGGAACACCAGGAGCACGCGGAAACCCUGGAACGGUUGGAGUGCCAGGACCACCUGGAGCGACAGGAGAACCAGGUUCUAUUGGACAGCCAGGUUUACCUGGACCACCGGGAGCUGCCGGUCCAAAUGGACCUUCUGGAGCACCAGGAGCAAUGGGAGCAACUGGACCUGUAGGCGAUCCGGGACUCCCUGGAGCACCCGGACAACCUGGAAGUACAGGACCUGAGGGUUUGCCAGGGCCACCAGGGCCAACUGGAUUACCAGGACUACCAGGUCCUCAAGGAGCUCAAGGACAAACAGGACCUCCAGGCGAUCCAGGGCGACCUGGCCAACGUGGAAAUCCGGGUCAGCGUUUGUUUCGUCGAGUUGAUUCUGAUGUGAACGAAGAGCUUGAUGAAACAUUUGUACAACAUUAUUCAAAUGCAGAUAAUAAUAAAGUAAUAUCUCAUGGCCCGAGAGGCCCAGAAUAUAGUACUGGACAUGGAACAGGAACCCAUGCGAAUAGUCCUUACAAUAUUUAUUCUCAACAUUAUUAUCAAAGUAAACCUGAUAUAAGUCAACAUACUACAUUUAAUAUGGAUCCACAGUCUUUCUUAGAACUGGAAGCCACAUUACUUGGUAUGAGAGAAACUGUUUCGCAGUUGCAGAAAAAUUUUGGGAAAGUUCAUAAAAGAGCGAUAAAGACUAAUGAAACUGUUUUUGAUGACGGAAAAGAAGAAAGAGAUAUUUUAGAAAAUUUGACUGUGACAGAAGCUACUCGUUUAUCAUUAUUGAAUAAACCAGUUACCCCUGGAACCGACAUUCCUGAUUUUUGUCGUUGUGCUCCAGGUCCACCAGGCCCUGUGGGAACUCCUGGCAAAAACGGAAUAGAUGGACCUCAAGGUAUUCAAGGUCCAAGUGGUCAACCUGGAACACCUGGAUUGAGGGGGCCUCGCGGUGAUCCUGGUGCUGUAGGACCUGCUGGUGCUCCUGGGGAUCCUGGAACUCCAAGUACCGCUGUAGGUCCACCUGGUACUCCUGGAACCAAUGGUACACCGGGUCAACAAGGAGCUCCAGGAGCUCCUGGACUACCAGGAGCUGCUGGUGCUAAUGGGGAUCCAGGUGUUGAAGGACCGCCAGGUGCCCCUGGACCUCCAGGACCUGUUGGCGUAAAUGGACCACCUGGCCCUCCAGGAGCUACUGGAUCACCUGGAGCCCAAGGCGCUCAAGGAGUUCCUGGUCCAGAUGGAGUACCUGGAGACCCAGGAGCUGCUGGUUUACCCGGACCACCUGGCGUAGAAGGACCUGUUGGCCCACCAGGACCUCCAGGACCACCUGGAGAUCCAGGGCGUCAGGGACCUAGAGGACCACCCGGAGCACCUGGAGCUCCUGGAACUCCUGGUAGGGUCACUACUAGUUCAAGUGAUGAGAAUGAUUCAUAUAUGCAAAAUGAACCAAUUCAUAACGAAGUAUUACCAACCGGCCCAAUAGCACCUGGAAAAUAUACUGGAAAUCAACAUGCAUUAUAUUCUGCUCAAAAUUUUGCCAAUUCCGAACACCAUCCACAUCAUUCAUCUCAUCAUAGCAGUCCUCACGGAACUUACUCGCAACAUUAUUUUCAAAAUAGACGUGAUCAACCACCUAAUGUAAGUAUGAAUCCACAAUCCUGGCUAGAGCUUCAGGCAACUUUAUUUGAAAUGAAAGAUACUGUUUCGCAAUUACAAAGAGCCUUUGGUCAAGUUGAUAAGAGGGCAAUGGAUGAAGAGAGUAUGGAACCAGAGGGUAAAGAACUGGAAAUAGAAUCGGAUGCUAAUGAAAAUUCGGAAGAAUUAAUAUGA